AAAAGUAGGACUCAAACCACUUUAGAGCUAUGUUGUAUUCAUUCAAUAGAUGUUGAUAAGUUGAAAGAUGUUAAAUUUAUUCGAUUUGCAGAAAAAGCUUUCUAUUCUCUAGUGCAUAGAAAGUACCUCUGGGGGGGGUUUCAGAUGUUUACCAGUCAGUCCAUAAUUUGGCCCAUUUGUAUUAUUACAAGGGUUUUAAUUAUUGAUUAUCUAUACCUACCUAGAGAAAAUCUUCUAUAAAAUUUUUGAAAAAUUUGGCCCUAUUCGUUAUGUAGACAUCCCCAUUUGCGAUCCUUACCGCAAAAAAAUGAAAGACCACAUUUCUGGUCUAAAAUAUUCAACUUUUGAUAAAAUGGAUUGGUUCGAGGGCUACGUACAAUUCAAAGACUAUAUUGGCUUCACUAAAACUAUGGAUUUUUUUCGUGAUAGAAAAUUAGUCCAUAAGGAAGAUGAUGGAGAGAUGGAAGUUGAAAUUAAAGUUGAUUUCGAUAAAAGCAAACAUUUAAGUGAUGCUUCUAUAAGAAGACGGGAAAUUGUGAGGGAUAGAUUAGUCAAGAAAGCUCGAGAGAAAGAAGAAAAGGACAAGAAAGAGUUUGAGGAGAAGAAGCGACAUGAACAAGCUGAAAGAAAGAAAGAAGAAAAUUUGAAGGAGCAAAAGGAAAUCCGGCGACGCGUCAGGGAAGAAAAACGCAAAGCAAAAAUAAUGAAAAAACUUGAAAUCACUGGCUCUGACGAGAUCAAUGCAAAAAUUGCCAAGGAGGAAAAGAAGCUCAUCAAAGUCCAAAGAAAACUUGAAGCCAUUAGAUUACUUGAGGAACUAUUUAGGAGAUGUAAAGACAAAAUUGAGGGUGAUGUACAGCAUUAUGAUGCUCCAGAUCCAAGACGAGAUGAGCUUAAAAGACUGAAGAACAUUAGAGAAUUAAACUAUUUGAGUCAAAAAGAAAAGCUUCAUAAUGCUGUCAAAGGACGAGUCAUGCUGAAAACAAUCUUAUCUGAAGAAGUCAAGACUAGAAAAAUGUUGGAAUCUUCUGAUUCUGAACUAUCUUUAGAUGAAGGCCCUCCUACUAGAAGAUUGAAUGCUCCAAUGCGCAGUCAACAUCCAGCGGAAUUGAUAUAUGAUGGACACCCUCCAGCUCCUGCAAUGUAUGGAUACCCUUAUCCGCCCAUGUAUCCACCUUAUGGAGCUCCAAUUUAUCCUGAUAUUGAUAUUUUUGCUAUUUACAGGGGCAGGGGAAGAGGUCGUGGUAGAGGUAGAGGUGCUUUUGUACCACGUGGUAGAGGUGGACCAAUGAGAAACCAAUAUCCACCAGAGGUUUUUGAAGAAUACUCGACCAAGUAUUAUAAUAACAAUGUAAAACAUCAUCAUCAGCACGAUGAUAGGCGCAGGUCUUAUUCUCCACGAAGUUCGCACAAGCACCGUUCCUAUAGUAGAUCUAGAAGCAGGAGUUAUUCUAGAAGAUCCAGGAGUAGGUCGAGAUCCAGGAGACGUUCCAAUAGGAGAUAUGACAGGGAUAGUAGGAGUAGAUCUAGAAGUCAUAGAAGGAGGUCAAGGUCAAGAAGGUCUAGAAGUAGGACCCGAGAUAGGCAUUCAAGGAGUAGAAGCAGGACAAAGGAUCGUCGAUCUCGUAGCAAAUCUAAGAGUAAAUCCAAGUCUAGGGAAAAAUCCGUGGAUUCUUCUAAGUUUAUAACUCCUAAGCAGCUGUUAGAGCAAAAAGCACAAGCUAGAAGUCGCAGUAAGUCUUGGUCCUUGCCAAAGGACGGCGAGAAAGAGAAAGGAAAGUCUUGGUCUAAAAGUCCAGAAAAGGAAAAGUAAUGUAGUCGAUAUGUUUAAAGCUUAAGUAUAAUUUUAUAGGGUUGUUAUUUAUUUAUCCCAAGAGCAAUUUUUCUUUUCUAUUUUGUAUUCAGAAAUUUAUUUUAUAAUAGGAUAAACAUUGAUUUGAAUUGGGAAUAUUAUUAUAUUAUAAGUAAAAACUGAACAUUUUUUUUUAUGCCUGUUCCCAAUCACAAACUAAUUUGAAUAGAACUGGGAAAACAGAAAACGGCUUCAAAUUCAAUAGCUCAUUUAUUCAAUAUCAACAUCUUCAAUAAUAUAAUAUCUUUAAAAUACCACAAUUGAAAUAAAUAUACAAUUUAAAAAAAUAAUACAGCACAUCAAUGCUGCUUUCAUAAAAACAAUAUCCUUCAAUAAAUUGUUCUCUACAUCACCAGUUUUAGUACACUACAAAUCAUUUAUACAAAAAUAAUUAGUCUUAAAUUGAAGUGAUGGUCUAUUGGUCUAUUAAAAAAACAAAUGUCUAAGCCAGGGCUGAUACAGGCAAAGAACUGUGCUUUGGUUUAGUUUUAUUAACAAAUAUUUUAAUACAACCAUUAAAAUCGGCAGAUACCAGAACGUAACCUCCACACCCUUUGGUGUGCUGUUCCACCAUGGGAUCUUCGACUUUAUUGAAAUCUUCUCUACUAUCACUUUGGUACUUUUGAUUCUCUUCUAACAUUUUGAUAAUGGCUUCGGGAUUCGGCGCAAACACUGCGCAAGUCACUACAGCGUUGUGAGCUUUGAUCGCUUCCCAGAAAUCGUUUCUGUCACGUCUCACCGAGGAAAAUUUAGCGUAAUCAUGGUUGGUUUUCCAAAUGUAGAUGUCUCGAUUUUCUGAACCACUAACUAUGUAUUUGCCGUCGUGACUGAAACUUCCUUUGAUCUGGCUGCUCAUAUUUACA